AUGGAAGGGAUUUGGAAGGGAUUGGAAGGGUUGGAGGGAUGGAAGGGAUUGGCAGGGAUUGGAAGGGAUUGGAAGGGAUGGAGGAUUGGAAGGGACUGGAAGGGAUUGGAAGGGGAUUGGAAGGGAUUGGAAGGGAAUUGGAAGGGAUUUGGAAGGGAUUGGAAGGGAUUGGAAGGGAUUGGAAGGGAUUGGAAGGGAUUGGAAGGGAUUGGAAGGGAUGGAAGGGAUUUGGAAGGGAUUGAAGGAUUGGGAAGGGAUUGGAAGGGAUUGGAAGGGAUUGAAGGGAUGGAAGGGAUUGGAAGGGAUUGGAAGGGAUUGAAGGGAUUGGAAGGGCUUGGAAGGGAUUGGAAGGGAAAUUGGAAGGGAUUGGAAGGAUUUGGAUGGGAUUGGAUGGGAUUGAUGGGAAUGGAUGGGAUUGGAUGGGAAUUGGAUGGGAAUUGGAUGGGAUUGGAAUGGGUUGGAUGGGAUGGGAUGGGAUUGGAUGGGAUGGGGAAGGGAUGGGAACGGGAAUGGGAUUGGAAGGGAUGGGAAGGGGAAGGGAUGGGAAGGGAUGGGAAGGGAUGGGAAGGGAUGGGAAGGGAUGGGAAGGGAUGGGAUUCUUUAUCGUCAACAAACGUACAUUUUGUAUCCCUAUUGUGUUGGAAGUCGCACCACCCAUCAUCCCGGAAAGCUGAAUUACUGAAUUGGGAAGGAAAGAACAAUUCCCUUUACAAUAAGAGUGCAGUAGACGAGUUGCUACAGCAAUGCCGUUACUAUAACUUGGCAUCUGGAGUGUCUUAA